UCGAUUUCUACUGUAGACAUUCGCCACUUUCCAGAGUUAUCUGCACAGCAAACGAAGAUGCUCCAGUCGAUUCAGCACCCGAACAUCGUCACGGUCCAUGAAAUUUAUAGCAACAAGGCGAAUCAUCACGUCGUCUACGAACAUAUGCCGCGGUCGCUGCAAGAGGCCGUUGGGAAUCCGUAUCUCAAUCGCCAACGUCUGGCAGCAAUCAUAGGGCAGGUAGUCGAGGCGCUGGUUCACCUCGAGAAAAUGGGACUGCAGCACGACCGUCUCAGCUGCUCGUGUGUUUUACUCCAUCCUAGCGGAAGGGUGAAGCUGAGGCAUCUAGGCGGCCAGGAAGAUUGUCGACCGCUCAGCCGUAGGAAAGACUUGGUCGACCUAGGCUACACGAUGAUGGAACUGAUGCAAGGAUAUGUGAAGGAGGGCGCCAACCUGGGGCUGGACGACCCGGAGCAGUGGGACCCGGAAGUUGUAAGCUUCCUCUCAGCGACAACAACCGCAUCAUCUGCGGCCGAAUUG